AUGGCCGUGAGCAGCGGAGAGCACUCGCCAGGAUCAUCGAGAGAGCUGCUCCAGUCUCAUGUGAACCGCUAUCGACCCUUCUUCUCGCCAGCGGAAGUCGAGGAGCUCACACUGCUCCAUGCCAAGGAGAGUCAGGCCGGCAUCGAUAGACCGGCACAGCAAGCCAAUCUCCUCCGAGCAAAGACGGUCAGGGAGAAAGCAUGCGGCUUCAUCGACAGGAUUGGUCUCAAGAUGGGAUUCCCGAGGAGAUCGAUAGCGACGGCACAGAUACUCUACCAACGCUUCCAUCUCUUCUUCCCCGUCAAGGACUGGGCAUGGCAGGACGUCUGCAUUGCCGCCACGCUUGCCGCAUCCAAGCUCGAGGACACACUGAAGAAGCUCAGAGAGAUCCAGAUUGCUGCGCACAGCGUCCUAGCCAUGCUCGAAGGCCGCAACGGGCUCACCGAGCCUGACCCUCAGAUACUCGAAGCAGACCGAGGCAAACUCAUAGGUAUCGAGCGUCUCAUCCUCGAGACAAUCUCAUUCAAUUUCAAUCUCACCUCUGCCAACUUGUCUUACGUGCCAGGCGGAAAAGAUACAUUCACCUACAUUGUCAGGAUGGGCAAAACGCUCAAAGCAAGUAAGGAGUACAUUCGAAUAGCGUACAGGCUUGGCAUCGAUGUCUACCGUACUCCAACAGUGCUCUCGUAUCCGCCCCACACCAUCGCGGCUGCCUGUCUCUACCUUGCAAGCUAUCUCCAUGCAGGUCAUCCCAACUCCCAGAUCAAUCAGACACCGAGCUUUGACCCGUUGCCAGAGGGCAUGCCUGCUUUCGAGGACGGCUGGGAAACGCAAUUUGCGAGUGAUAUUGACGAAAUAGAAGAUGUAUGUCAUCACGUGCUCGAUCUGCUGGAAGCAACAGGUACGACUGCACCGAGCCUGGGUCGAGAGAUGAAUCCGAAAUCGCCGGGAGAGUAUCUCCUCAAAUCGCCCGCCGACUCCCUCGCCUCGCCUGCUUUCUCCAGUGCGUCCUCGACGGGCCCGACUGCGACGACACCGGCAAGCGUGGCAGAUUACACGGCGCUCAAGAUCGUAAUGCGACGCAAUGCAGAAGCGCGGCAUAGCAAGCAUCCACCCACCUCAUCGAAGAAACGACGCUCCAGUAAUGGCCAUAGCGUGGCGUCAUUGGCGAACAAGCUAGGGAAGAAUAAUGUCACUAUCCGACAUCGCUACGACGGCUGUGAAGAAUGA